UGUAAAAUGAUUUUUUUCUAGUAUAGUGCUAGUUAAGUACAGAUAUCCAGGACCUGUUCCGGCGUGCGUGGCGAUUAAAUUCGAUGAAAAGUUUUCAUUUUAAAAUGAUUGGUCCAGUUAUCACUCUAUCCCCGAAGUAGGGUCUUUAGAUUGUUACUCCACCCACAUUACGCAAACCCAUCAUUACACCAACAACAAACGUGGCCUAACAUCUCAAUAAUAUUAAACUCAAUUGAACUUUCGAAGCUCUCAGGAUUAUACCCUUUUUCCUUAGCGUACACCAUAACGUAGAUAACAACAACAAUCGAUAUCCUCAAUCCCUUCCCGUUUAUUGACAAUUACCGUAAGACUACAUAACUAAAUUUUAAGAGUCGGUGGCUUGCUUUAAUUUCUAUCGUUUAAAUGAGUUUUAUCGAUUUCUUAAUUUGAAUAUUUUUCAAAUCUAUGUCGUUUUCUAAAAGUUUUUCGUAAAUUUGACACAUUUGAUUGAAUUGUUCUCAUUGUUCAUUGUAUAAUUGUUAAAUUCUAAAUAUUUAAAAAUCAUACUUUUGAAUUGGCUACUAAAUAAAACUAGCACAAUGAGUGAAGGAGAAAUAAAGAAAGAUUUGUCAGAUCCUAUUGGGUUCCUUAAGGAUUUCAUGGCUGGUGGCAUAUCCGCAGCUAUAGCAAAAACUGCAAUGGCGCCGAUAGAACGCGUUAAAUUGCUUUUGCAAGUACAAGCCAUAUCAAAGCAGAUCUCUGCCGACAAGCAAUAUAAAGGAAUGAUUGAUUGUUUUGUAAGAAUACCCCGUGAGCAAGGCUUUUUAUCAUUUUGGCGAGGAAAUCUAGCCAACGUCAUAAGAUAUUUUCCUACCCAGGCAUUGAAUUUUGCCUUUAAAGAUAAAUAUAAACAGAUAUUCCUCAGUGGCAUAAACAAAAAAGAACAAAAGGGACGUUACUUCUUAGGCAACAUACUAUCCGGUGGUGCAGCUGGUGCUACGUCUCUCUUAUUUGUAUACCCUUUGGAUUUUGCACGUACUCGCUUGGCUGCUGACGUUGGAAAGACCGGACAACGCGAAUUCAAUGGACUCUUUGAUUGUAUAAAGAAGAUAUUCAAAACUGAUGGAUUUAUGGGAUUGUACAGAGGUUUUGUUGUUUCUGUACAAGGCAUUAUAAUGUAUCGUGGGGCUUAUUUCGGUUGUUAUGAUACGGCUCGUGAGCUAAUGCCAGAUCCGAAAAAUUCACCUAUAUGGGUAAAUUUUUUAAUUGCGGAAGCUGUAACCACCUUUGCAGGCAUAGUUUCUUACCCAUUUGAUACUGUGCGCCGUCGUAUGAUGAUGCAAUCAGGCGUAAAGGCUGGCGAACGAGUUUACAAAAACACUGCCCAUUGUUGGUUAGUGAUUGCUCGCACAGAAGGGCCUUUUGCUUUCUUUAAAGGAGCGUUUUCAAAUGUUCUACGUGGAACUGGUGGGGCACUUGUAUUGGUGAUGUAUGAUGAGAUUAAGAAGCUAAUGAAUUAACAUUUUAAACUUUUAUAAAUUAACUAAGAGAUUAGACCUUACUACUUGAAUAAUAGUUUCUCAUUUUUAGGAAUUAAAUCUGACUGCUACUUCUUGAACAUGAUUUAAUUAUUAUUUAAGUU